CCCACAAUCACUAAUCAGUAAUUACCAUAUCCUACAAUGAUAAAUUGAUCACAUUGAAUGCCUUCCCUUUCAGUUUUUGACUUUUUUCCUCGAUCGGGCGAUUCAGUAACUCAACUCAGCAGUCAGUUCGUCGUCUUCUUAAACCUUUUCCCAUUUUCCUAUUAUUUUUUAUCAUUACUGUAUUAUUUAUUACACAGUCACAUGAUUAUUUUAAUCAUUUUCCUCCCUCUCUCAGUCAGUCUCACACACAGUCUGCCUGCCCACACUUUCCUAUUGGCGCUCUCUCUCUCUCUCUCUCUCUCUCUCUCUCUCUCUUCCUUUCCGUUAUUACCUCCAUUUUUCCCCUUCCCCGUAACGGUUCUUCCUCCCUCCCUCAUCCACUCCACAAUCGCCGGCGGUAAUGAAUCCACAGUGAGAUAUGGGCUGCGUCUACUCUCGAGCUUGCAUCGGCGAGGUCUUCACACCCAGGCUCAAGCACCACCACCGCCGCCGCCCCGUCGCUUCUCUUCCUCGUCCGCCGCCGCCGCCGGCCGAGGAGCACAGGGAUGGCCUCCCCGUCUUCUCUCCCGGAUCCUCAUCACCGGAUUCCGAGAACCGCGACGAAAUCCACGGCCUCCCCGACCAGGAGCUCGGGAUAACGAGGCUCUCUAGGGUUUCCUCUCAGUUCCUCCCUCCCGAUGGAUCCAGAACCGUCAAGGUCGGCGGAUACGAGCUCAGGUACUCGUACCUGUCGCAGCGAGGAUAUUACCCGGACGCGUUGGAUAAGGCGAAUCAGGAUAGCUUUUGCAUCCACACACCGUUCGGAACUGGAGCGAGCGGCGGCGCCGGCGGCGAUUUCGACGACGACCACUUCUUCGCCGUGUUCGACGGGCACGGCGAGUACGGGGCGCAGUGCUCGCAGUUCGUGAAGCGGAGGCUGUGCGAGAAUCUGCUCCGCGGCGGGAAGCUCCGCGCAGACGCCGUCGAGGCUUGCCAUUCGGCUUUCCUGGCCACGAAUUCGCAGCUGCACGCCGAGACCCUGGACGACAGCAUGAGCGGGACGACGGCGAUUACGGUUUUGGUCCGCGGGAAGACGAUUUAUGUGGCCAACGCUGGCGAUUCGAGGGCGGUGAUAGCGGAGAAGCGAGGGAAGGAGAUUGUGGCGGUGGAUUUGUCGAUUGAUCAGACUCCGUUUCGACCGGAUGAGCUCGAGCGGGUUAAGCUAUGUGGAGCUAGGGUGAUGACAUUGGAUCAGAUUGAAGGGCUCAAGGAUCCUGAGGUUCAGUGCUGGGGGACUGAGGAAGGUGAUGAUGGCGAUCCCCCAAGGUUGUGGGUUCCCAAUGGGAUGUAUCCUGGCACUGCAUUUACGAGAAGUAUUGGGGAUUCCAUUGCCGAGACGAUUGGGGUUGUUGCUAAUCCGGAGAUUGUGGUUAUGGAGCUUUCAGCUCAGCAUCCUUUCUUCGUGAUUGCCAGCGAUGGUGUUUUUGAGUUCCUCUCAAGCCAGACUGUGGUUGACAUGGUUGCAAAAUAUGAGGAUCCUCGAGAUGCUUGUGCAGCAAUUGUUGCUGAAUCUUAUCGCCUUUGGCUACAGUAUGAAACUCGGACAGAUGAUAUUACCAUAAUAGUUGUACAUAUUAAUGGUCUAACACAGAAUUCUGUAGAUCAAUUAACAACUUCAGAUGGAGCACAUCCUGCUGUUCCUCAUGUUGUGGAGUUGACAGGAACUGAAUCUCCGUCAACCAUUGGAUGGAACUCUAAGAACCAACGUGUAAGGCAUGACUUAUCUCGAGCACGUAUUCGUGCCAUUGAGAGUUCACUUGAGAAUGGCCAAGGAUGGGUUCCUCCAUCUCCAGCACACAGGAAGACUUGGGAAGAAGAAGCACAAAUAGAGAGGGCAUUGCGUGAUCACUUCCUUUUCAGAAAGCUUACCGACUCCCAGUGUCAAGUUUUAUUGGACUGCAUGCAAAGAGUUGAAGUCCAACCAGGGGAGGUUGUAGUUAAGCAGGGUGGUGAAGGUGACUGCUUCUAUAUCGUUGGCGAUGGGGAAUUUGAGGUUUUUGCUACUCAGGAAGAGAAACAUGGAGAGGUGCCUAGGGUAUUACAGCACUACUCAGCUGAGAAGUUAUCAUCAUUUGGAGAGCUAGCAUUAAUGUACAAUAAGCCACUUCAGGCUUCCGUUCGAGCUGUGACUAGUGGGACAUUAUGGGCGCUAAGAAGAGAGGAUUUUCGUGGCAUCCUGAUGUCAGAAUUUUCAAAUUUAACAUCCUUGAAGCUACUUCGGUCCGUGGAUCUUCUUUCAAGAUUGACCAUCUUGCAGCUGAGUCAUAUUGCAGAUUCUCUAUCAGAAAUUUCAUUUUCAGAUGGGCAGAUUAUUGUCAAUGAGAACGAGGAACUCUCGUCUCUCUAUGUCAUACAGAAGGGACAAGUACAGCUUACUUUUGAUGGCGACUUGCUGAAUAGUUCAAAUGUUCCAAGUCUGAAGUCUGACGAUGUAAAAGAGGACGAUGAUAUGCAAACUGGUAAAAAGAUCUCCAUGGAGAAGACAGAGGGAAACUAUUUCGGGGAGUGGACACUUCUCGGUGAAGGAAUUAGUGGCUUGAGAGCAGUUGCUAUGGGUGAUUGCAUUUGUUCUGUGUUAAACAAGGAUAAGUUUGAUUCAGUUGUUGGCCCUCUAGCAAGACUUUCACAUGAAGGGGCAAAGUCAAGCGGCUCACCUUCAGAUGUCGCUAAGGAUUCUGCUGAAAGUACUGAAGUUCCUGCCCCUUCUGGAGUUAAACUAUCAGAGCUGGAGUGGAGAAGAUGCUUGUAUUCCAAUGACUGCAGUGAGAUUGGGCUUGUGCAACACAGAGACUCAGGAAAGGUACUUAGUUUAAAAAGGUUUUCCAAGCAGAAGAUCAAGCAGUUCGGAACAGAGGCACUGGUUUUGAAAGAGAAGAAUCUAAUGAGGAGCAUGCUUCCUUCAGCAUUUGUCCCUCAGAUUUUAUGUACUUGUGCAGAUAGGGCAUAUGCAGGCAUACUGCUGAACGCUUGCCUUGCUUGUCCUUUAUCAUCCAUACUUGACACUCCACUCGAUGAACCUUGUGCACGGUUUUGUGCUGCCUCAGUUGUAAUUGCACUUGAGGAUAUGCACAAGGAUGGUAUUCUCUACAGAGGAGUGUCCCCGGAUCUACUGAUGCUGGAUCAAUCAGGAUAUCUGCAGCUUGUAGACUUCAGAUUCGGGAAGAAGCUAUCUGCUGAGAGGACAUUUACAAUCUGUGGGAUGGCAGAUUCGUUACCUCCAGAGAUGAUCCACGGAAUGGGACAUGGUUUCCCAGCUGACUGGUGGGCUCUAGGGGUGUUGAUCUACUUCAUGCUCCAGGUAGAAAUGCCAUUUAAUUCUUGGGGAGGGAGUGAACUCGACACUUACGCAGUAGUUGCAAAGCGACAGCUCACGCUUCCCCCAACUCUAACCCCAGAAGCUGCUGAUCUACUCUCAAAGUUACUUGAAGGUGACGUGAACAAGCGACUUGGCAGCCAAGGAACCAGUUCCGUCAAAGACCAUCCAUGGUUCAGUGGCAUUGACUGGGAAGGGAUAAGGAACAGGACCCUUCCCGUGCCACAAGAAAUAGAGUCUCGAGUCGCACACCAUACUCAAACCUGCUCUCAGGAUUACGACGACCCUCCAUCAGCAGCCGAUUCUUCUUCACAAGAUACCGAAGUUCUCAAUGCUCCAGAAUGGCUUGAUGAUUGGUGAGAUUGAGAAGACAGACCAGAGAGUUAAAAAGGGUUUGAUGAAUGGCCUCACUGUUGCAAGGAAAGCGGUUUUUGGAUCGUCACAAAUGUGUUGAUCCUUUGGUGGGGUGUUUUAGUGUUGUGUAGAUAAUAUAAGUGAUAUGUGUAAAUGUGGUGUUCAGAGGGAAAAAGAUCCAUUUUUACCCCCCUUUCCAGAUAAAGAGAAACCUUUACCAUCCCUCCUUAAAGCUUUCCACGGUUUAGUAUGAAAUGGGAAUUUUUCACAUAUGUAAAUUUUCCUUUUGGGGGGUCGGUUCAAUCCGCAAUGUCUUUCUGUAGACCUUGUAAUUCUUUUGAUUGUGAAAUAGAUAAUCUGAGGCAUGUAAGAGAAUUUGCUACUUGUUACUUCAUUAUGCUUAUCGGGUUUGCCCGUUGAUUGAUUAUAUAUCGGACAUAUAUUUGAUCGUGGUAAUAAAUGUUUUCCAUUUCAACCAUUAAA